CGCCGAGGCUAAUCUCCAUCGCCCACUAAACAAUUUAAUUUCCAGGCGUUCAAACACGGGGUUGGUGGGUGCACCUGGUAAGAAGGCCACCAUUCUUUUUUAUCCAAAUAGAAAAAUCACUUGUUGACUCGGAGCCCACGACCCUCUUCCGUUUAGAAUUCUCCAUCCCACAUUGGCACCUCGAGUAUUCUAACCAUUGGCCACCCAUGAUUGGAUCUCUGCAUGUGUUGUUGUGUUAGUCUUGCUGCUAAUCGAUGGUCUAAUUGCCAUCCACCCGGUGCUGCUUCUUGUACGAAUUGCACACUGCCCGGUGUCAGUUCAAGAACCGAGGAGGAAGGCACCGAGCUUCUCACUUCUGACAGCCGUAUCAUCAGAUACUUUUGGAAAUUGGGGCGAGGGAGCUAACAGGAAGGGGAUCAGAGAUGGGGUGCAUCUCUUCCAAGGUCCUGGCGAAAUCAGCGAGCUUCCAGGAGAAGGGGAGCCUGGGCCACAGCUUCCAGAGGAGCAACGUGAUCGAGGAGAUCAUCCUGUCCAGCUCCAAGAGCAACGGCGACCAGUUCGUGGCUCUCCUCUGCGCGUCCAACUCGACGGGUAGGAAGGCCAAUGAGCCGGAGCAGAGCCCGGCGGCGGGGGCGGCGGCCAGCGAGCCGGCUGCCAAGAUCGAGACGAUCAACGUGUCCGAACUGCUCGCCGGCCUGGAGGAGGAGAACGCCGAGGAGCAGGGCGAUCGUGAGGACGGCGACAGGCCACCGGCUCGGUGCGUUACGGAUGGCAGCGGCGCCGGGAGGGCGAGGAGCUUCCGGACGGUGGAAGACUUCGACGCGCUGGUGAAGCAGGGCGGCGAGUCGGAGCGCGCGGCGGCCGAGCGAGAGGAGCCGAGAACCGCGGCGGCAGCGACGGCCGAGACCCCGGAGAGCAGCAGCGGCGGGUCCCGGCGAGACGACCCCGAGGGUCCGGGCGAAGAGGCAGAGGCCGCCGGCGCGAGGAGGAGAGCGAGGGCGCGGCAGCUGGGCGACCUGAAGGUGCCGGCGGCGUUCGACUUCUCCAAGUCCGGCAGCCUGCGGGACUGGCUGCGCCAGAGCGGGCAGACCUUCUCGCUGGGCUCCUACAUCACGCCCAAGUUCGGAGCGGCGCCGGCGGCACCCGCCGAGCACGGAGGAGGCGGGAAUGCCGGCGACGAGCCGCCACCGCCGCCGCCGCAGCUGCAGCAGCAUCAGGAACACGCGCUGUUCGACCCGGAGCUGGUCGCGCAGUUCGAGCGCCCCAUGGAGCAGCUGUUCGAGGACGAGGGCCGCGUCGUCGACGAGAUUCUGGGGGCGCUGGAGCUGGAAGCCGGGGAGAAGGACGGCACGGCGGCGGCGUUCGGGUCAGUGAACAACGAUCAGCCGGCGCCCGUCGUUGCUGCGUAGCUGGUCUAGCCGGUGACGCGUGAGCUGUUGUCAGAGGUUUUUGGGUUCUUCGGAUAAUCGGAUGCGACUGUGAAACUGUAAUUACGAGGUGUACAGCACUGGCUUGACUAGUUCUUUUUUCCUAAUUGUUUACAUGUGAGCAUUUGCUUUGUUGAUUUGUUUAGAGUUAGUGAACUUGAGUCUUGCUUAGCAGCAAAUGUGUGCAGAAGAUGACAUAACCGUUCAUCAGCAAUGCUUCAUUUGUUGAAAAACAAUCUGCCAGGCCUUCAUGGAGAAUAAUAAUAGUUCUUUGAGCAA